AUGGACUUGCACAAUUUGGCUCUAGGUGCUAAGUUAGCAUGGAGGAUGUAUGAGCAACCUCAAAAAACCUGGUGUAAGAUCAUGACUGCAAAGUAUUUGGACUCAAAUGAUGCUGAUAGGAUUUUUACUGUGGCAAACUCGAUCAAUGGAUCUCCAAUUUGGAAAUUUAUUUGGGAAAGCAGAAAUAUCAUAAUAGAGCAUUUAACUUGGAAAAUUGGCAAUGAUGGAAAGGCAAAAUUUUGGAGAGACUCUUGGAAUGGAGACAUUUCCUUAGCUGAGGAAAUUGAUGAUCCAGUGUGGAUUAAUGAAGUGGAAGCACUAGUUGGUCCUUUUGUGACUGAUUACAUUUUGGAAGGGCAGAAGGAGGCUGAGUGGAUUGAGUGGAAAAUUAAGCAGAGCACAGAAUGUGGAUUGGCAUUCGGUAUUGUGCUGGCACAAAAUGGUACUGCCCAAGGCAGGGGCAUUCCUUUGGACAUCAUUGAAUGGUCGUAUACUAAUAGGGGAAAGGUGAGAAGUCAAUCACUAAAAGGUUUUUUAUUGGCAUGGCCUACCUACUAUAAGAAAUCAAAAUGGAGCAUUAUGUGGGUGGUUAGUCUGGCCAUGCUUGCAUGGUAUAUUUGGAAGGAGAGAAAUCGAAGGGUGUUCAAUGAGGAAGCUCUGUCUUUUGAGCUUCUAAUCCCAAAAAUCAAAGUAGCCAUUGAAGAAGUUAUAAACAUCAAAUUAGUCGGAAGGAAGUAUUGCACUUAUUCUUCCCGGGACAAAGAAAUGGAAAGGUCAUGGAAUUUGACGAAGAACACUAGUUACAAGUUUGUCGACAAGAAGCAGAACAGAGGAAGUAUAGUUUGGACUCCUCCCUCAGCUGGAAGCUUGAAGGUUAACUUUGAUGGGGCUAGCUGUGACAAUCCUGGUAAAUCAGGCUAUGGUGCCAUUAUAAGGGACGAAUUUGGUAAUUUUGUUGGUGCAAAUUUUGGUCCCUUAGGAGUCACUACAAACAAUAUGGCAGAAAUUGUAGGGUUGUUAGCUAGAUUGGAAUGGAGUGUGGGCCAAGGAUUUCGCUCCUUAGAAGUAGAAGGUGACUCUCAAAUUGUCUUGAAUGGGAUAAUCAAAUAG